UCAGAUGAACGUCUUUUGGAGUAUGAUAUUGAUAAAAUUCUUUUCGAGCAAAAUUCUCCAUAUCAAAAGGUGCAAAUCGUACAUUCUAAGACUCUGGGAAAUAUGCUUGUGUUAGAUGAUUUACAAAAUAUUUCCGAAGCGGAUUUGAUUUAUACUGAGACUCUGAUGGCAAGAGGGAUCGAAGACUACAAAGACAAAGAAAUAUUAAUAUUAGGUGGAGGAGAUGGUGCCCUUCUUCGAGAAUUGCUCAACGAAAACCCAAAGGAAGUGAUAAUGUUAGAAAUAGACGAAGUUGUUAUGACAGCAUGUGCAAUAUACAUGAGGUCAGUUUGUGGCAGUGUCUUAGAUGAAUAUUCGGGAGAUAAUUAUAAGAUAAUAGUUGGAGAUUGUUUGAUAUUUUUGGAUCAGUACUUUAAAGAAGAUAGAAAAUUUGACUACAUUUUUGGUGACUUGACUGACGUUCCUAUUUCGAAGAAACACUCUGAACUUUGGACUUUCAUCAACAAAGUUUUGAAGCUGUCUUUCAAGAUAUUGAAACCUGAUGGCAAGUUCAUGACUCACUUGAUUGGUUCUUCCUGCAUAGAAUCUAUAGAAACAUUUAAAUCUCUCUUGAAGCAGCUUGAACCGCCUGUCAAAUUCACGACUUCAGAAGCCUUCGUUCCAUCAUUUAUGGAAAAGUGGAUGUUUUUCCAAGCUUAUUUUGACAAAAACAAACUAGAAUAGCGUUUUUUUCAGAAGAAGUUCUGUUUCAUUUCAUAUUGUUCCAUGUCAACUCAAAGAAAGAUUCACAAAUGAAUUUGGACUGAAAUUGAAUAAAAAUCAUAAGAAAA